AUGGGCACGGCACCCAUGAUAGCGCGACUGACGCAGGUUGGCCAGGGCGGACAGACAAAAGAUGAGGGACGAGGAGAUGCAACCAGACAGGAGAGACAAAAUAAAGGCCCUUGUCUUGAUUCAUGCACGGACAAAGAGAACAAGGAGAAAGGCAAAAUUCGCCAAUCACGAACCGAUGGCCGUUUGGAGUCUUUUGCCUCGUCAUCCAUUGAUCCGUUAUCUGCAUGCAUCGUCACCCUAUCGGCUUGCGGAUUCACUCCGUGGCUCACGCCGUCACUUGGGCCGUCAAUCACGCGAGACGACACGCAGUUCCCUCCCCCUCCGCGUGCCGCCCGCGGUGCCGCCCGCCUCAGACCAUCGACGUGGCUUUCGCUGGCCACUGUUGCCCGAGAGGACCGUGAACCAUUUCUGGACGGGGGCCGCGUAUCCUCCGGAACCGUCGAGGCCAUGGAGCGUGGCUACGUGCGAGAGCUGGAUCUGAGCAACUGCGGCCCGGCAUCGGUUGCCACGCGUGUCGGCGUCGUGCCGGGGCUGCGCAGUAGUGCAGAGCAUCCAACUCUCGUCGUCUCCUCUUUUUUCCCCCACGACCUGCAACGGCGGCCAACAUUGCCCAUCCUGCUGCGUGCCGUUGGUGACACAGCUCGACUUGACACGUCGAACUCGAGGUGGAUGCCCUGCGGGCCCCGAGGCGGUCUGGAGCUUGUUUUGGCUGUUUGGGGAGCUGCACCGGAGCUGCCCACAUGUCAACCUCGCAUCCCGCUGUUGUCUCACGACCACCCCGUGGUGCCUCGAGAAGCCCAGUUUUUUCGUUUUGCAUCUCGUAUUCAUGCAUUGACGAAACAAAACAUUCUGUUUGAUGCCGCUGCCGUCGCGCCCACCUGUCACAUCGCUGUCGCAUGCAUCCAUGCCGCCGUUGGCACACACAGACAGACAGGCAUGGACGGCCACGGAAUACCACCACACCUCCGCCGCAUGAGCGCAUUCUUCACCUUUCUGCGAGCAAACCUCGCCCUGUCCCCGUCAGCCCUCUCCUCCAACUACAACACGCCGUAUCUGGAACCCUUUUCUCCCCAACCGCCUCCGCUCCAGCCGCCGUCGCCAUCUCCUCUCGCUGCUUCCAACGAACCGCCUCUCGCGCCCAUCGACGACAUCCCGCCCCUGUCCCUCGAUGCCUUGAAAUCCCAAAAUGACAAGCUCGACGGCCUCCGCCUCGUAGCCGACUCCGUCUCCGAAAUGCGCCACCGCGCCUCCAAAGCCGUCGUCUCGCACCCGCUCUGCCUCGCGGCCGUCGCAGCCGCCCACAUGGCCAUAUAUCAAUUCGUCUACGCACCAAACAGGGACUUAAGUCGAGCCCUCAUGCUCGUCAGCGGCAUCUCAAUCAUCUACGUGGCCGCCAUUCGCUUCCUCACAAGCGGCUACGACGCGCUCGCGGAAAGGAUGGGCAGUGAGGACUGGCUGCGCGCCGACUUUGGCGGCGAAGACGACAUUAUUCUUGGCGCAAAAAUUGGAGAGGACCUGGGCGUCAUCCGCGCGUGGACCACGAAACCCGAGUACCGCGGCCAGGGGGUCGGCAAGAAGUUGCUCCAUGAGGCGGUCCGUUUGGCUAGAGACAGGUGUGGAAAGGACGCGCAGGUUGGAUUUGCGCUGGAGCAUGCCAAUAGCACCAUGUUGCUGCCGGCCAUGUUUAAUAAGGCCUUUCGAAAGGACGAGGUUCGUGCCGCCGUGGCCCUGGAGGGUGCUGUGGCCGAGUGGGAUCUGGGCAAGAAGAAGAAGUGUGUGCGCAAGCCUGCCAAGUACUCACCAUACCCUCCACAAAUAACAGCAGAUAGUGCAAACAAGGAAGCUACCAUCCUCAAGAAUCCUCGGCAAAUAUAUGCCCACAAGUCAAGCCAAUAUAUCCUUCCGUAA